GAAUAACAUACAACGCUCCACAAAUUUCACUCAUUUCACUUCCAAGUGAGUUCCGUGACAGUUGGACACACGAAUCGCGCAAUAAAAGAAUACAACAAAAACAUGUACUGCAACGAAGUAGUUAACACCCAACCACUUUCGCCACCCUCUACACCGCCGCUGAAAAACAUGAUCAAAGACAACACUAGCAUGUUGUUCUCCAGGAAGCGGCCAGCAUCUCCGAUGAUGAAUCUACCACCAACCCCUCAACCAUCGGAUUCAGAAUGCGAGGAGUUCCCAGAACCCCUCACCAAGAAGAUCUGCUUCGAAAGCGAACUUGCAAGACGCUUAACAUCAAACACACCACCCCCAGAGCCACCAGCACGCACUGUCUCCGUGAUAAUGCGAGCGAACAAAGACGGCUCCUGCAUCCCAGUCAUCCCGCAACCCCAAAAAGAGGAGAACGUCUACAGAACCAUGAAAUUCAAAAUGGACAAGACCAAACCAGUGACACCGGCCAAACCUAUACCUGCUACCCCUAAGCUCCCAGAAACCCCACCGCCUGUACAAGUGCAGCCCAUCACCCUUCAACCCAUCGCUCCCAAACUGAUCCCAUCUCAAACGCACAGGACCAUCUUCCUCGCUCAAGACGGUACCGUCAUCGUCCUUACCCAAACACCCCCGGUGCAAGAACGCAAACGUAUCUACGAAUGCACGUUCCAAGGAUGCGGCAAGAACUACUUCAAGUCUUCCCAUCUGAAGGCUCACAAUCGCACGCACACAGGAGAGCGGCCGUUCGUUUGCCCAUGGGAAUCGUGCGGUAGAAAGUUCUCCAGGUCCGAUGAGCUGUCCAGGCAUAAGAGAACGCAUACCGGCGAGAAAAAGUUUAAAUGCGAGGUGUGCGAGAGCUGCUUCAUGAGGUCGGAUCAUCUAGCCAAGCACGUCAAGAGACACGCGAAAGACAAGAAUACCAGCGUGAGCAAGGGGAUUUCCCCGGUCCAGCUCAGACCUCUGCAGCCAGCGCCCGUCCUCAAUUGAAAGCCCUAAAUGACUGAUACAUUAUACCCAUCGAAAUAUUGUUACAUUAUCUCUAUGUGUUUUAACAUGUGUGCCUCAUCUAGUUGUUAGCUAAAGAAAACAACAAAGCAAUAAUCGCACUAAAAGAUGAUACAAAUAUUAAGCUUUAACUAUUAUCAAUAAGUAAACAAACCUUCUUA